AUGGCUGCUAUACUCCCUUCCAUCGUCAUUAUUGCUUUAAGAGUUCAUCUUAGCCGAGAAAAUAAACGCCGAGAUCAAUUGGAAGCUAUCAAUCAUGUCACGAGUAGUGGUAAUGUCGAGACCAUUGAUUUAGAUGGUUCUAAGGCUGCGCGAGUUGUGGAUCACAGCCAGAUGGACUUGACAGACAAAGGGAACCUGACUUUGUAA